AUGGAGGAUUAUUUGCAGUUAUUUGUGGAGGAGACGUCGUGGUUCAAUGACAUUGUUCUGGGCUCACUCUUGCCGGUAAAAUGGUGGGUCUCACUCCCUCACUUCUUCAGGGGAUGGCUCCGAAACUAUAUCGGAGGGACCUUGCUCUACUUGCUUUCUGGGGUUUUGUGGUGUUUUUAUAUCUACUACUUGAAGUAUAAUGUCUAUGUUCCGAAAGAUGCCAUUCCUACGAGGAAAGCAAUGCUUUUGCAGAUAGGGGUUGCCAUGAAAGCUAUGCCAUGGUACUGUGCCCUUCCAACCAUCUCAGAGUACAUGAUUGAACAUGGAUGGACAAAAUGUUUUUCAAGGAUAAGCGAUGUUGGAUGGGUCCCCUACUUCUUCUAUUUGACUGUUUAUCUCGUGUUCGUGGAGUGCGGGAUAUACUGGAUGCAUAGAGAGUUACAUGACAUAAAACCUCUCUACAAGUAUCUGCAUGCCACACAUCACAUCUACAACAAGCAAAAUACACUUUCUCCGUUUGCUGGUUUGGCCUUCCACCCACUGGACGGGAUAUUGCAGGCAGUACCACACGUUAUGGCUCUCUUCCUAGUGCCAACGCAUUUCACAACACACAUAGCCCUUCUAUUCAUUGAGGCCAUGUGGACUGCAAAUAUUCAUGACUGCAUACACGGCAAGUUAUGGCCUGUAAUGGGUGCUGGUUAUCAUACCAUACACCACACCACUUAUCGACACAACUAUGGCCACUACACAAUAUGGAUGGAUUGGAUGUUUGGAACUCUUCGCGACCCCCUUGAUGACGAGGCCAAGAAGAUAUAA